AUGAUAAUUAUAUAUACAGUAUAUUUCAUCUGGCCUACGUCUUUGAUCGUUCAGAGUGGUGCUGCAGUAUGGUGCAUUGGUUUUCAGAAACUUCAGGGUCAAGGGAUUACGAUUUUAGGAGACCUUGUCCUAAAAGAUAAAAUUGUUGUAUACGAUUUGGCCAGUCAACGGAUUGGAUGGGCCAAUUAUAAUUGUUCAUCUUCCGUGCAUGUCUCUACAAGCACCAGCAAUGGCAAAACUGAAUUUUUCAACGCGGGACAAAUUGACAACAGUUCAUCGCGUCUUGAUUACUAUGAGAUGAUACCAACUAUUGUCCUAGCUUUCUCAUUGCAUGUAUUAAGUCUUUGGUGGCAUAUUUACAUUUUGUAACAUUUAGAGGAGGAAUUUUAUAUUUCUUACUAUAUAGUUUCUGGUCCGAGGAGAUGUUCGCUGCAAUCGGUAAGUCUUAUGUUGUAUGUUAGAUUGCAGUUUCAAGCUGCUCUAAUUUGUUGAUUAUUGUAGAAUUACCGUCCGGGAACUGGAUUAACCUUAAAUUUCAUACAGGAAUACAGUAUUUUAUUUAUACAUAAGUAAUUUAUUUUACCCUCGAUUAAU